AUGAGGAUAUUCCUGGCAAUGUUCUUCCUGAUUUGCUUAAUACCUGCUGAGCCAAAAGGAGAUGUUGCCAAGGACUUACUGAGUGAAAGGUUAUUGCCAAAGAACUUUGAGGUAUAUCACAUAAUAUCCAACUCUUGGUUAAUUAAAUAUAUCGCCGCAGGGUUAGUGAGCGCGGUGUACCCUCCUGACCAGCUCGUCAACGAGGCCGUCAAAUUGGGAGAGAAAAUUGCUUCCAAGUCUAAAGUAGCUGUCCAGUUAUGCAAAGAAGCCAUCAACAAAUCGUACGAUCUGUCGUUGACUGAAGGCCUGAGAGUCGAGAAGCAACUUUUCUACUCCACCUUCGCUACCAACGACGUUCAGGAGGGAAUGACAGCGUUCGUGGAGAAGCGGGAGCCGCGGUUCACGGACAGCUAAACCUCUUCUGGUCUUGGCUAUUUGUGAAGUAAUUCUUUGUGUACGUCUGCGAUCUUCCAUCUAGAAAAACUGUCGGGAAUUUUGUUUUGAAUUUUUGUAGUAUCGCACCACCUGUGAUACAGGAUCGCGGUUCUAUUGAGAAUUCAUUAUUAUAUUUUGACUUUUAUAUCGCGCUGUUUUCUAUAUUGUAUCACUGCAAGUCAUAUCUUUUCAUAGUUGUUUUCAUAUGUAAUUGUCUUCUGCUGAUAUUUUUUCGAAAUUUGUUCUUUUUUACUUGGUGUUUUGGCACAAAUCCCAAGUUUAUUAAUCAAUAUUAUCAUGACUCAUUAUUAAAAAUCUGUUUGUACGUUAAGCAAAACUUGUUAACUGUAGGCUGGUUUGUAGCCUAGUGCAGAUUUUUUGUAAAUGGGAUGAAUUAUUUUGAAACAAUAGAUAAGCGAUUAUGACUUAGUGCAAAAGUUAUUUCUGAACAAAAUAUGGAAGUUAUAAUAUUUUCUUUGGAUUCUGGUCACUUGACGGUAAACAAUAUGGUCACUUGACGGUAAUUUUCUGCAUUUUUCUUAAACUUGAAUCAGCGCUAUUAGUGUAGGUAAUAUGCAUCGCUUUAUUUCUUGAUAGUUACAUACAUACAUAGCUAAGCUAAAUGCGCGUCCACAAAUACAAGCUCUGCUUACCUGUUCGUGUAAGUCGAAAUCAUUGAAAAACGUUGCUCCGAGAGUUGAUCGUUGUGCCCGUGUGUGACGUUGAAUUGUCAGCGAAAAACAUUACUUUAAUAUUACUUUCAAAUUGGUAGCGUAUUCGAAGUGUCUGUUACCGUGGGAAUAGAAAAUAUGUAUAAUGACCCUGUAAUGAUGUAGUCGGUACUAACAUAUCCUUCAUCGGCGAAAUGCAAUUAAAAAGCAGAAUUUUGUUUUCUUCUUCUUGAUUCAUUGCAUCGAAUUUUUUAGUUGCACUUAGAUGGUAUGCUUAUGUAUAGAACUUACUUCUUUAACGUCGAGACUAACCUUCAAAAAUUGAAAGAAAUUAAUUUUCAUUAUGGUUCACUUCAGACUUGAGGUUCAUUCAGUCAUCCCGCCGACGAAAGGCGCUCAGCCAGUCUGAAAACGUCAAACUUUAAUGAGGGAUUGCUAAGGGAUAUAAUCAUUUUCGAUCAUAAAUGGGAGCAGUAUGUGUGAUCAUGUUAAUUAAAUUAUAUCUUAUUUCAUUGUGACUCCGAUUAUGGCAAUAUUUGUUAAUAAAUGCUUCCUGUAACUUUUUUUUGCCCUUUUCUAUAACUUUUUCGGGUUGCAUGGUAAUGUGGUCGAUCUUUCGUCAUUCUCGGCCUCGGCACUCCAGGUUCUUCGUAGAUUCUGCUGAAGCCUCAUCCACAACCCCUUGCGGCUCAGUCUAUCGUGCCCAAGUACGAAAGACUGAGCCGCCUUUCGCGCGGGUUCUCCUGCGUACGCACUGGGGCCCCAACGGUUCCCUUCCGCAGUCGGAUGGUAACUGCCAGGUUAACGGCAGGUUAGGUAUAUGACAGCAGGAUAUUUUAAUGAAUG